CAUAACAGCAUACAUAUAACUGGACUAUAUUUUUAUAUUAUAUUCAGUAAAUGGAAAUGAAAUAUUUUACUCGUAAAAUAUUGUAAAAAGCUUGGUUGUAUACCUGUGUAAUCGCUAACACACAUACACACUACAACAUACGCUUACAUACACACAUAUACCUUUAAUCAAACAUACACUCACACUACAACAUACACACGUAUAUACACACAUGCACCAUAUACCAUGACAGUACAACAUACAUACUUACACAUACAGACAUUUAAACAAAGACACACCCAGACGACAAGGUAGCACCCACACGUUUACAAUCUUCGUCCAGAUUUUUCCUAAUUGCGUAGCGACUGUUGUAGAAGCCACACAUUUUUCUGCUCUUUGAAUAUACUGAACUUUCAAGAGACCGAAAACCUUCAGGUUGAAAUCGAAACACUUUGAAUUAGGUUCUAAUGUUAGGGAAUUUAUUUCCGAGUCCACAAGGGAGAGGAAUUCAAUUUAGUGGUACUAUAACGAAUUUCCCACUAAUGUAUAUGAACCAUUGCAGUUUCAAGAGAAAGGCGUAAAUGUACAAUUGGUACUCUACCGUAUAAAAAAGGGUUUUAUGAAUCAGCGGUGAAAUGAAUUCUACAAGAAAGUACCAGUUUGUCAUAUUCAUUCUCAUUUUAAUCUCUGUCUUAUUUAUAUACAUCACUUCACCAAAAUUGAAAACAAAGCUGUCAAAAUACUAUGCUUCUUUACCAAGCUUUGCUAGACCCCAAUCUAAUGAAUGUAACAUGGAAACAUGUUUCAAUUCCAAACGCUGUAACAUUUCUAAUUUCAAAGCCUUUGUGUACCCAAGUGCUGUUUGGAACCGCACUAAGGAUAAUUCCAUUUUGGGAAAGACCUACUUAACCAAGAAUCCAGAAGAUGCUUGUAUGUAUAUUUUUUUCUGGAAACCAGGAUCAAAAUUAACAGAUUUACAAUUUUGGCAGGAAAAUGGGUCAAACCACAUCAUCAUUAACUUGGAUAUCAACAGAAAAGGGCCACUUCCUCCUGGCCAUGCAUUGGUGGCUCAACCACGCUUUCAGUACUUUACGUUCCGAGUUGGAUUUGAUUUUAUUUUACCAUUUUACAAUAAUAAUAAUUCAAAGGAUACGUGGGAAAUACUCCUUCCACUUUUUCCUCUCCGUCGUAAAUAUUGGAUAUCGUAUCUAAGUGGCUCUCAGCCAAAACUAGAUAUUUUCAGAAAAUAUCAACCACUGUCUACCAGUCUUUUUGAAUACCUGAAAAGACACAAUUCUUCGUUGCUGCCAAUAACAGUCUCCAGCGAAUGUUCUCCAUCGGAUAUUUGGAGCUGUCCAAAGAAAAAACGACUGCAAAUUUUGACCAACUCCACUUUUACCAUAAUAGUGAUGCCACGUCAGUUAUUUAAGGAAAAUGAUUGGAACGUUUUUCAGAUUCAUUUGGUUGAAAUACUUCAAAGUGGAUCCGUACCAGUGUUAAUCGGAGAUAAAAAUUACCUACCGUUACAGGAUUAUAUUAACUGGAAGAGAGUUCUUGUAACAUUUCAUUGGAAUAUGUUGACUAAAUUCCUACCGUUUUUAUCUUCUCUCGUCGAUAUGGACAUCUUACAAUUCAAACAGUAUGGACGACAUGUUAUGGAGGUGAUUUUCUCAUCUAAAAAGUCGCUCCUGGCCGUAAUCCUCGAAUCGAUGCAUCAACGACAACGAGUUCCAGCACCUUGUUUCGAUCCCUAUCAUCCUAAAAUAUUAUUUACAUACCAGCCAAAGAGUAAUGGCAAUCAGAGCUAUGACCAGCCUGGUCAUUUUAGAGAGGGCAAACAUUCCCUUCUUGAUCUGAGAAUGCCACCGGAAGCAUUAUCUUUUAUCAACGUAGAACGAAAACCCGGUAAGAGCUGGCCACCCGAAAAAUUUACAGUUGUGAUCCUGACAUAUCGAAGGCAGUAUAUCUUGUAUAAGAUUCUCAAUGCACUUCACAAUCUGCCAUUCUUGGACCGUGUAGUUAUAGUGUGGAAUGACCUCUUCACUCCUGUAAAUAAAACGAUAAUUCCAGAGUUACAUGUACCAGUUUAUGUUGUUGCAUGUGGUAAGAACAGUCUAAAUAAUCGAUUUUUGCCAUUCGACAUUAUAAGAACUGAUGCAAUUUUUAGUCUAGAUGAUGACUUCACUCUACCACAGAAAAACAUUCUUCUAGCUUUCCGGAUUUGGAGAGAGAAUCGUGAUCGACUUGUUGGCUUUCCAGGGCGAUACCAUUCUUGGAGUCAAUCUGAAAAGAAAUUCUUGUACAAGGGGGACUAUCAAGUGGAUGGAAUAUCUCUUGUGUUAACUGGUGCCUGUUUCUUUCACAAGCAUUACAGUUACCUUUAUACAUACAUGAUGCAUCGAGCCAUCUACAACUAUGCUGAGAAGAAUUUUAACUGUGAAGAUAUUGGUAUGAACUUUCUUGUUGCUCAUGUGAUAAGGAAACCUCCACUCAAAGUGACAAAGAAACGAGGUUUUCCUUGCAAAUAUUGUGGGAGGAAAAGCAUUUCCACAAGCGAAGGCCAUAAGUUCAAAAGAAAAUAUUGUUUGAAUUUUUUCACAAAAGUCUAUGGUUACACACCAUUGAUAUUUACACAGUUUACAAUAGACAAUUAACCAUAAAAGCAUAGUUAUAACUCAAAGUUCUUAAAUGAUAUAUGAGCUAUGGUGUGUAGCUAAGAAGAAAGGUGCCACUCUAAAAGAAUUAAUUAUGUUAAUUACCUUGCAUAUGUAAGCGAAAGCAGUGUAUUGUAAUCACUCGUCUUCCUUUGUCUGUGUGUUUGCCAAAUUACUGGAAAUCGGCUGAAUGGAUUUUCACCACAUUUAGCAGAAAUACUCAUUGGGUGAGUGGCUCAAAAUGAUGAACAUUUGGUUUGAUUCAAAAUUUUUU